AUCAGAACAGAUUCGAGUGUAAAGAAACGAACCGGGGAGUCUGGCCGAAGACCAACAGGACCUGUAGAGACUUGCAGCAAAACAGCUUCAGCCACUUGUUAAAGCGCGAUUCAGCAGAGGAAAAGCACGGUGAAAUUAUACCAGGUCGGGUCAGUUUGCUGUGAACAGGAGUUUAUUAACUGCGAUCGCUGGCUAACGAAGACUCCUUUUUUCACAGAAUAUUUAUACAUGUCUACUAAUGUUACUGCACUUGUGUGUCAGUUUAUCAGAGCAGCGUGUGCAGGGUUAACCCAGUCCUGCACAUUCCCCUGUCUCUGUGACCGUGACGUGUCAGAGCUCCCACCCUCAACACCCCCCUCAGGUGAUUCGGAUUUAUUAAAGGGGUUUAAUCCCAGGCACUGCGCGCCGCUAAACAUUGCUCUGAAAAGAGUUCUGUCCUGCACCGGGAGCUCUGAAAAAACUCUCUGUUACCCAGAAACAUUGCUUCAGACACCAAGAACUGGCUUUUAACUAUUAAAAGCACCUGCUAAAUAUUAAUAAAGUAUAGUGGGACUCGGUAGAAAAGGGGGUUCGAAGAAGCAGGAGCUGUUUGAAACUUUGGGGCAGAAUUUUUCUCGGACUUUAAAAUCAGAGGAUCUUUUCCAACGGUUUUUUUUUUUUUUUUUUUUUUUUUAAAGAAAUAAUAUACAUCUCGGGGAUUGCAAGGAUCACCGGAGCUCUUUUUUGGGGACCAGCCUCGAGGGUGCUGGAGCAGGGUGGGGUCUCUCUCUGGGAUGCCCAGGUUUGCAGCCCCUUGCCUGGGUCACCCGUGCUUCACGAUGACAGACUUCUUUGAGAUUACUGUUGACCGAAGCCGUCUGGACAGCUCUAAGACAGAAUUCUGUAACCCUGCUUUCGAACCAGAGAGAGAAAACGAAGGGACCAAGGAGACAGCCGAAGAGCAGAAAUUCGAGACGAUCGGACUGCCGCAGAGAGAAGCCGAUCCCGCUGUGCGGAGCCUGUCCCCUGGGCAGUGCUGGGGUCUGUCGUGGGGGCUGGUCCUCACUGCGUCUGUGCUGACCCUUACUCUGGCUGUGGGGCUCGCCCUCAUCGUCUUCUUCAUCCAGUUGAAGUACAAACAGCCCCUGGUUGGCGACACCCAGACCCCCCUGCAGAAGGAGGACAGCGGAUCGCCUUUUGGAACCCCAGGGGGCGCUGUAAUCGACAGGUGGGGUACGACAGCCCCAGCCAGCAGCACUGACCUGGAGGAACCACCAGGGGGCUCCACCUCAUCGCCUGUAUGUGGGGGGGUCCUGCAAGACGAGGAAGGCUCCUUCAGCUCCCCGAAUCACCCUGCUAACUACCCCCCUGACGCCCUGUGCGUGUGGCUGAUCCAAGUGCGCCCCGAAGCUGUCCUCCAGCUGCAGGUCACCUCGUUCUCCGUGGAGGGGCAGGCGCCCUGCACCUUCGACUGGCUGGAGCUGCGUGAGGAGGGAGGAGAGAACAGCAAGGACAGCUUCGACUGGCUGGAGCUGCGUGAGGAGGGAGGAGAGAACAGCAAGGACAGCUUCCUUGGCAGAUUUUGUGGCAAUGUGGCGCCCCCUACCUUCAACACCAACACCAGCCGGAUGUGGGUGACCUUCAAAUCGGACAGCAGUGUGGCGAGCAGCGGCUUCACCGCGCAUUACCACGCCAUCGCGCCCAACCACAAGAGCUGUGGCCGGGAGGAGCAUUUCUGUGAUGGUGGGCGCUGCUUGCUCACUGGUCUUCUCUGUGAUGGCUUCCCUGACUGCCUAGACAGGAGCGACGAAUCAAACUGCAGCCACAAGCACAAAGAGUGCGGGGGUUCCCUGACAGAAGAUGAGGGGACUCUGCUCAGCCCCAACCACCCCAAACCCUACCCUCACCAGCAGCUGUGUCUUUGGCAGAUCUCUGUGUCUCAAGGUCAUGUGAUCCAGCUGACCUUCCACAACUUCAGCUUGGAGACGCAGGAUAUUUGUGACUACGACUUUGUGGAGGUCCACGACAGCGCUGGGACUAGCAAUCCCAGUGUGAUGGGCAGGUACUGUGGAACCCAGAUCCCUCCCGCCCUCAUCUCCUCCCGUCACGUGAUGACCGUGCUGUUUGUCGCAGACGAAGGCGUGUCGGAUAGUGGGUUCUACGCCACGUAUAAAGCCAUCAACGCCACUGAAAGGACAUGCAGCCCAGCCGAGUUCCUGUGUCUGAACGGGGAGUGCCAGGAGCCAGAGUGGGUGUGUGACGGGUGGAAUGACUGCUCGGACGGCAGUGACGAGAUCGGCUGUGAGAACGCCACCUUCCCCCCCUUCAGGUCCUCCUGUGAGCCGAUCGCGGUGGAGAUGUGCCUGGGACUGAGCUACAACCAGACCUCCUUCCCCAACAUCUGGCUGAGCAUUCCUACCCAGAGCGGAGCCGCCUCGAUCCUGCAGCACUACCAGGUGCUGAUGGAGCUGCCAUGCUACCGCUACCUGCACUUGCUCACCUGCAGCAUCUUUGUGCCCAAGUGCACGGGCGACGGGGGGGUGCUGCAGCCCUGCCGCUCGGUGUGCCAGUCUGCGGAGCAGCAGUGCAAGCCCUCCCUGGAAGUGCUGCACGUGGCCUGGCCCUUCAACUGCAACCUGCUCCCUGACUCCCAGGACCCCAUCGAAUGCGUCAGACCCUAGAGGCUGCAGUGACAUCAGCAGCAGCACUGUGGUGUGUGCAGGAAUCGAUGGGACCGUGUGUAAGCCAACAUGUUACACUGUACAUACGCUUGAGUCUCAAAACUAUUUACUCGAAAUCAUCAUUGGCACAAUUUAUAUCUGAAAGGAAAGAAGACAAACACCUUUUACGAUUCUAAAAUGAAUAAGAAACACUUACAAGUUCAUAAGUUCAGAUUCUUAGUUGUUUGGUAACUUUAUUGGGUGUGUUUCUCCUUUUCUGAAGAAAAAAGUGCUCAUGACGGAUUGGAAUAAAUGGCUUUGCAAAUGUCAUUUUAUAAACAUGUCAUUAAUAACUAACUCAAUAAAAUGAAAUACAAUGCUGUAUAAUCUUCUUGAUUUAUGUAUUGUUGAUUCAUAAUAUUAUUAUUGAUGAACUCCUGUGCCCUGUGUUAUGCACAGCUAGCUCAUCAGAGUCAGCACAAAUCCACUGCAGUGUGCUUUGUUUUCAGUAAUGUUCCAGAUGAUUUCUGUGGUUGUGUUUUAUAGCCACACACUCACAGAGACUCCCCAUCAAUACACCACAAGCU